AUGCCGGAAUCAGGAUCUGUCAGCGGCGGCAAUUACUACUGCCUACUGUCUGCUACUGUCUACUGCUUACUACUGCCUACUGUUUACUACUGCCUGCUCCUUUCUACUGCUUACUACUGCCUACUGCUUACUACUGCCUACUGCUUAAUACUGCCUGCUGCUGUUUACUGCCUGUUGUUCCUUACUACUGCCUACUGCUUACUACUGCCUGCUGCUGUUUACUGCCUGCUGUUCCUUACUACUGCUUACUACUGCCUACUGCUUACUACUGCCUGCUGCUGCUUACUGCUUGCUGCUCCUUACUACUGCUUACUACUAGUUACUACUGCCUGCUACUGUCUACUGCUUACUACUGCCUACUGUUUACUACUGCCUGCUCUUUUCUACUGCUUACUUCCUACUGCUUACUACUGCCUGCUGCUGUUUACUGCCUGCUGCUGCUUACUGCCUGCUGCUGCUUACUACUACCUACUGCUUACUACUGCCUACUGCUUGCUGCUGUUUACUGCCUGCUGUUCCUUACUACUGCUUACUACUGCCUACUGCUUACUACUGCCUUCUGCUGUUUACUGCCUGCUGUUCCUUACUACUGCUUACUACUGCCUACUACUUACUACUGCCUACUGCUUACUACUGCCUACUGCUUACUACUGCCUACUGCUGUUUACUGACUACUGUUCCUUACUACUGCUUACUACUCCCUACUGCUUACUACUGCCUGCUGCUGCUGUUUACUGCCUGCUGUUCCUUACUACCGCUUACUACUGCAUACUGCUUACUACUGCCUAUUGCCUACUGUCGACUGCUUACUGCUUAUACUCACUACUGCUUACUACUGCCUCCUGCUGUUUACUACUGCCUGCUGCUCCUUACUCCCUACUGAUUACUACUGCUUACUACUGCUUACUACUGUCUGUUCCUGUCUACUGCUUACUACUGCCUUCUCCUGUCUACUGCUUACUACUGCCUUCUCCUGUCUACUGCUUACUGCCUACUUCCUACUGCUUACUACUCCCUGCUGCUGCUUACUGUCUGUUGCUCCUUACUACUGCUUACUACUACUUACUACUGCCUACUGCUUACUACUGCCUACUGCCUAUUGCCUACUGCCUACUGCUUACUACUGUCUGCUCCUGUCUACUGCAUACUGCCUACUGUCUACUGCCUACUGCUUACUACUGCCUUCUGCUUACUGCUUAUACUCCCUACUGCUUACUACUGUCUGUUGCUGCUUACUACUGCCUGCUGCUGUUUACUACUGCUUACUACCUGCUGCUGGCUGCUGCCUGCAUGGAUCUAAAUAUUGUUGAAUAUUCCUAA